GAUUUGGAGGUGAGACUGGGGUUGCUGGGGUGUUUUGGAGAAGAUGAUCGGGGGUGAGGGGCUGGGUGUUUGGAGAUGGUGAUUCGAAUGGGUCGGAGGGGGACUGAGGUGUUUGAAGAAGGUGAUUCGGUGGGUGGAGAGGGGGCUGGGAUAUUUUGGACAGGGAGGAAGGCUGGGUUGAAGAAGAUGAUUAGGGGUUGGAGGAUUCUUGGAAAAGAUGAUGAGGGGGAGGGGGUGGUGUAGAUAUGUGAUUUUUGACCCUCCCCGAGUUUUAACCUAUUUUUAGGCUUUAUAUAUUUAUAUUUUAUUCAAUAUUUAUUUAAACUCUUAUUUCAUUUUUAUAGGUUUUAUUUGAUAAUGCUACAUUUGGGGAUAUUUUUCAUUAUUUCAUUAUAUGGGAAGGGGGGAUCAUUAUCCUAGAAAUAAAACAACCCCAACCACCCCCACUUUUCUCUCAACCCCUUAACUCCCUAAACUUCUUACCCUACACACACUAUAUUACACACACGUACACACAAGACAAGAGGAGAGAAGGGAGACAAUAAGGAGAAAAUUGAGGAAACAUUAAAAAAAAAACACGGAAAAGAGAGAAAAACAAGCAAAACAGUAGAAAAAAAAAGUGAAAGAAAGAAGAAGAUAAAAACAAACAUUGAGAAAAAAAAAGAGUUAGAAAAUUUUUAGAGAAAACUUAUUAGAAAAUCAUAAAAAAGCAAGAUAAAUUCUUUGGGUUUGGAGAUUUGAGUUCGGGUUCUGUGCGAGUUUUUCGGUGACGACAUUCUGAUUUUCAUCUUUAGUUAGCUUAUCAUACAGGUUCUAAUUCAGAUCCUUUUGAUUUAUUUUUAUAAGUUAUGUUAUGAAUCAAAUCAGUUAUUUUAAUGAUUCUAUAAUUUAAUAUUUAAAGCAUAUCUACGUAAGAUUUUUUUUCCUCUACGUUUUUAUUUAUAAUUUAUUACUGUAUUGAAUCAAAGAAAAAAAUGUAAUCUUAUUUAGUUUGUAAGUAAUUUUCAAUUGCUACGUUGUGACUUGUUGUUUGCUUAUUGUUCUUCGUGAUUCGUUUUGUUAAUUAUAAACAUUAGAGUGUUUUUGAGUAAUAAAAAAUGUAACGUUUUCUUUUAAAAAAUGUCAACUUAUUAUUUUGUCAUUGUUUAAUUUUUAUUUUUCGGUGAAUUGUGAAAGUUUCAUUGCAUAAUUAUAAAGGAGAAAGGACAAGAAUAGCCACCCGGCUAAAAUAAUUCCCGCCGAGUGGCCAUCAAUUUUUAAAUUUCAAAAUAUAGCCAUUUAGGCCUUUUUUUUGCUACUAUCUUCAAUCUUUUUUCUGCAAAUAUCACGAUUCAUUGAUUCCGUUUAAGCUAUCCUCUUGUUUAUCUAUAACGUCAUUACUCAACGGUUGAUUUGAAUCAUAAAGAUUUUAAAGUUUGCUAGCUUCAAAUAAGGUAUGCAGUUUUAAGCUUUAGUAAAAAAAAAGCUAUUCUUCUAAUUGGUGUAGUUUUUCUAACAAUCAAAUACGAUUUUAUAACAUUGUAAUUGUUGCUAUUCUUUUUUAUCAACCAAAUACAAUAUUUGAUAUCAAAUACAUGAAUCUUUGAUACCAAAUACAAAUAUAUAUUUUACACAAUAAUUGUAUAAAAGUGUAUCAAUGAGGUAUCAAAGUGUAUCAAUGUAUAUAGUAUAAAAGUGUAUCAAUAUGGUAUAAAAGUGUAUCAAUUGGGUAUAGAGACUGCAUGCGAUCGAUGGGCCAAAUGACUAAAAAUCAAAAUUAAAUUGGACCGACUGGCUCCAAUUGUCCAACUUUUACAUGGGCUAGCCAUUUCUUUUCAAAAUGGUUAGCCCAUGUCCUUUUCCCAAUUAAAAAUAAGUAUAAAUAACACAAAUACCAACCCUUUUAUAACUAAUUACACCCUAUUCCACUUUUCUUAAAAUCUGUACUCUCUCUCCCUUUUUAAUAUACAUAACUUUCGAUUAAUAUACAUAUACUACUAUGUAUAUCUGGUAAUGUUUCUUGCGUAUAAAAGGGAAAUAACGGAUUUCGUCCUUUAAUCACGCUUUUAAUUCAACAAAUUAAAUUAGUGGAUUAAUACCUUCCUUAAAUUAUGUAACAACUGCUGAUUUUGAAAUUUAUUAGUCAAAUACAUUUAAAAAAGCUCAUACGUAAUUCACAUACACAGAAAAAAAAACUCAGCUUUUGUUGAUCCCGUUGACAAAAAAAAAAUUUCUUCUGGCUUCAAGAAAAACAAAUAACACUCAAUUCACACACACAAAAAAAGUCCAGUCACUGUUUAUGUUGAUAGUUUCGAAGGAAAAAAUUCGAAUUCGACUUCAAGAAGAUGAAUAUUGCUAUCCUUUUGAGGUACGCUGGUAAUUGGAGAACUGAAACGAAAUAUGUAAAUUAUAAAAACGAAGGAAUAGUUGUUGCAGAAUCGGUAAGUUACUUGAAGUUGAUUUCGUCAAUUGCUACGGAAUUAAACAUUGAUGAACUUCGAAAAACUAUUGAGGUACGUUAUAUAGUCGACAACAAUGCUUCACCUUUUCAUAUCCGUAAUGACAAUAGAGUACGAUUGUAUGUUGAGUUGAAGAAAGCGCAACCAGCAUUCUUGAUGUAUCCAUUGUGCAUAUCAACAAUUGAUAAGUCUUCCGAUGAGAUACAGUUUGAUAGAAAUACAGGAGCUGUUGUUUGCGUGGAGGGUGUUGAAUCAGACACUAUGGCUCUAGCAAUUGCAGAGACGCAUAAUCAAUAUGCGUUGUAUAUUCCAGAAUUCGAUCUUGAUAAUCUUAUUUGUGAUAGCAAGAACAUUGAUGUGAAGGUGAAACAGAUGUAUAAGGAUAAAAAAAAACGCUCAUUUCUGUGAUGUCAAAGUAUAUUGUGACACAUGGAUUCAAUUCAAGAGCUAAACGUUCAGAUAAAAAAAGUUAUUUCGUCCGAUGCCAUAAUGAGGAUUGUGAAUGGAUGUUGGAAGCAUCUAUCUAUAAAAAAAAUAGAUGUUUUUAUCAUCAGGAGAUUUAAUCCAGAACAUUCGUGUUGUUUGAGUGAUAGGGUUCUGAAGAAUAUUAUGGUGACUACUGCUUUUGUGUGUGAAUUCGCGGCUCCUAUAUUUGUUAACUUUAAAAGAAAGUACACACCGGGAGACAUCAUGGAAGAAAUGAAAGUUGUAUAUGGUGUUGAUAUAAACUAUAUGAAGGCAUAGCAUGCAAAGGAGCGCGCCAUAGCGAUGCUUAGAGGUAGUCCAGCUGAUGGGUAUAGACAGAUGCCGAGAUACAUAUAUAUGUUGAAUAAUGUCUAUCCAAAUUCUCACAUUGCAAUGCAUAAGUCUUGGGAUAAUCAAAUUCUCACAUUGCAAUGCAUAAGUCUUGGGAUAAUCGAUUUAUGGAUCCCUCUAUAUACUUUAUAUACUUUCUCAGCCGCACACUAGCAUACUAACAUAUGGUGAGUUAGUUUAAAUGCAAGCGUCAAACCAUUUAGCCGGGUUAAGGGUUGGUGAAGUCGGUAUUCGCGAAGGAAGAAUGCUCUUCAUCUCCCCUCGCCGUAAUUAUCUCUGGAAGUCGCCCCUACAACCCCUUGACUCCUGCGGGCUACGUUCGAACGAAACGAGAGUAAGGCUUUCUCCACGAGAGAACAGACUAACUAUUUGGAGAGAGGCGCCUAGUUAACGGAGUUCACGAGGAAGCGACUUUAGUUAGUGAAGCGAGGCCUCACACAUCAAACCAUAUCUUUAUCUUACUGAACCGAGUGGACCUUCCUGUCAGCAAGUACACUCGACGGUGCAGGAUGCAUUUUACCGCUUGCGUAUGGAGUUGUGGAUACGGAAAAUGACAGUUCAUGGUCAUGGUUUUUCAACCAAUUCAAAGCUGCUUUUGGAGAACGUGACAACAUGUGUGUUGUCUUUGAUCGAAAUGAAAGUAUCAUCAAAGCAGUUAGUGUUGUAUAUCCAAAUGUCCUACAUCUUGCAUGUAUUUGGCAUCUCUGGAAAAAUGUUUGUGGUUACUUUCGGAAAAGCAAAGAAAGUAUUAGUGAUUUGUAUUAUUCAAUGGCCAAGGCUUAUCGAAAAGAGGAUUUUGACUACUUAACGGCAAAGAUUGAAAAAGUUGAUUCGAGAGUGAAAAAAUAUCUACAAGAAGAUGGAUAUGAAAAGUGGAGUAGGUGUCAUUCACCGGUAAACAAAGGUCGGAUGAUGACUUCGAAUAUUACUGAGUGUAUUAAUGGGUAUUUGGUGGAGGCCAGAAAAUUGCCAAUAUAUGGAUUCUUAGAAGAGGCGCGAAUUUUAUCUGGAUCUUGGAUCUGUAAAAACAGUGAGAUAGCUUCAUAUACAAGUACUACGUUGGGUCGUAGAUUUGAUGAAAUCUUAACUCUCAAUGGUACGAAAGCGUUGAGGAUGACGGUUAAGGCGUCUUCACCGUAUAUAUAUUCAGUUUAUGAAUCUGGACGAAGAUACAUUGUCGACCUUGAAAGUGAGUCAUGCAGCUGUUGGAGGUUCCAAAUAGAUCAAAUACCUUGUGCUCACGCUGUUGCCGUAUUGAAAUCUAAACAUGUAAAGGAAUUUGGUCUAUAUUGUUCUGAAUACUACAAACCAGCUACUUUGGUGAAGACUUAUGAAGUUCCAAUCAUUCCCAUGCCAGAUAGGACAGGCUGGAAUGUUCCUAAUAGUGUAGCUGAGGUGGAAGUGUUGCCCCUGAUAUUCAAAAGACUUCCAGGAAGGCCGAAGAAAGGGCGGAAGAAAAAAUCUAACGAAACACUUUCAUCAAGCACAAAUCGUUGCGGACGUUGUGGACAUGAAGGACACAAUAGGCGUUCCUGCAAUUUCUUUCCAAAAGAGAAUUAAGUUUUAGUUUUUGUUGACUCUUGAAGAUUAAUCACUCAAUUAUUCUUUUUUCGUUUUUUAGAAAUGAAGUUAGUAAACAGUUUUUGUUUGCUAUUUUAAAAUUGAAAUAAGUAAGAUUUUUUUUCAAUUUAUGAUUGAUCUUGGUCGAUUUAUCACUCAAUUUUUUAUGUGUAUUUGUUUACUAGUAUUAAGUAUUUUUAUUUUUUUGUAAGUAUUUCUUUGCAUAGUUAAUCUCAUCAAUUGUCAGAUUUAGUUUGAAA